UCUGGUGGGUUGAAUGAGUCAACAAAGAGUGUUGUGGGUGAAAUAGGCAGCGUUAAUUGCAGUGUGAGUGACGCUAUCCAUGGUGCUCAUUCCGUAUUAUUCAAUGACUCUGUAAUGGAUAACUCUGUGUUCGCACUAAGUGAAGGAGAGGCCGGAAAUGGAGCCGAGGGACGCAUCAUAUCACAGUUAUCUACACGCGGACCCCACCGAGUGACUGCAAAUGCGACAGUCGCAAAAUGAGUCAGAGAAAGGAACACAUACUGGCCAUUCUGAAACCAAGACCAUUCAAGGCUUCGAGUAAUUUAAACACUAAACACAUUGUACCUGUACAUAUAAUUGGUGAAUCACGGACGGGAAUAAGUAUCCAAGAUCCGGAAAGUCAACCAUUGCCUGCUGUUGCUGAAGGGACGAGUGUUGACACAGACAACGAUCGGAGAGACCCACCUGCUGGGCCGAGUACCAAUACAGGCAAAGAUGCAAAUACCCAUACAUCUUCAAGCAAUGCCGAAAGCACACACAGCGAUAGUCAUGACAACCUUAGUAGAGGAGCUAAGGUAAAUGAUGACAAAUCCGACAGUGAUGGUAUUGAUCCGGAAACUGUUGAAAACAACUUAAGACUCAGUAAAAAGGAUUCUGACAGCGCAUUACUUCGUACCGGCGCAGAAGACAAAGGCGGCCACCAAGAAGACAAAGACAAUGAACAUAAAGGACAAAGUGAUGAUGACCAAGAGGACAUUGACAGUGGACCAAAGCCAACGGGUCGUGAAAAAAAGACGGAAAAGAGAUGCGAAGAAAAUACCGAUCCAUCACGAAGGUCUCUGAGGAAAAAACAUAACUUUUUCAAAUUUGUGAGUAUAAAACAGCCGUCAGACAAAGCUUCACGGCCCAUGGUUACCCCAGCACCUCAACCCAAGCCUAAGAAACCCCAUCCCACUGUCCAGCCUGCUCAGCCUGCUAUGUCUAAACCAGGGCCUCCCAAGCUUCCAGAUACAGGGCCAGUGAUAUCUGCUGAGAAAGACAAACCAGAACAGGAGAAAGGAGUGUUCACCAAGCCAGCUUUGAGAAGCACACCAAAGUCGGAAAGGAAGUCAUAUGAGUCUGAUCACAGUGAGAAACCAGUCUUUAAUGUUCCUCUGAAGAAAGCUGCUAAGCCUGAUUUAAAGCAGAGUCAUGAAUCACCUAAACACCUGUUUGAGACGCCUACAUUGAAAAGCACUGAGCGUAAAAUAACAACUGCAGAUGAACAUGACAAUGAUAACACCAACACAAGUGCUCCUCCUAACAAUGACCAGGCAUUUGAUAAACCUGGUCUUCGACAAACAAAAACAAGAAAUGAUUCAGCAGAUGAUUUACCAGUAUCAGGGUUCACGUUUGAAAAACCUCCAUUAAAAUAUGCUGUAUCACCUGGCAAUACUAGAGAAAAACCAGACAACAUAUCAAGCGGUAUGUUCGAAAAGCCUGUGCUAAAACGGGCAACACCAUCUCCAGAAAAAGAAGUGAAACCAGCUACCGAGGCCAAGGGAACAUUUGACCUUCCAGUGCUGCGGAAAACCGGGUUUGUGAGUCAAGCUGAAAAGGACAGACAGGAACAAGAAAAGCCUUCUUGGUUGCAGGAGGCUGCUGAAAAGCAGUCAAAAGUCCUUGAUGGCUUGCAGUCGAAAGACACAAAGCCCGUGGAGAAGGCGGUUGUGCGUUACUCCUACGAUGGGGAGAAUGAGGAUGAGUUAUCCCUCACUGAGGGGGAGAUAAUCAACGUGCUGGACAAGGGUCUAGAGGACAGUGACUGGUGGCGCGGUGAUCUCAACGGUCGCGUCGGAGUCUUCCCCGGCAGCUUGGUGGAGCUAAUCAAGGAAGAGCCGUCAGACAAAGCUUCACGGCCCAUGGUUACCCCAGCACCUCAACCCAAGCCUAAGAAGCCCCAUCCCACUGUCCAGCCUGCUCAGCCUGCUAUGUCUAAACCAGGGCCUCCCAAGCUGCCACAUACAGGGCCAGUGACAUCUGCUGAGCAAGACAAACAUGAACCGGAGAAGGAGGAGAGGCAGCCGACUGUGCCCAGCAAGAAGCCGAUCUUCCCAUCCCCACCCCUCACCAAGAAACCCACGAAAAGCAUAGACCUCAAAGACAUAGAGAACAUUGAUGACGGUAAACAUGACAUGCCUACCAUGCACUCAGUGCCCUCCCUUGACCCAAGCGAUGUGCCCGACCAUUCCGUUGGUCGUUCACUGGAGCAGGAUGAAAAGCUCUUAGGUAUAUGUACAAGCUUCGGCAGAAAGUCACAACAAUUAAAGGAUGAAUGUGAAAUUAUUUGUAAACGUGUUAGGAAGAUUACAGAAGUGUUGAAUGUCUAUGCUGCUUUUCAAGAGACUGAUGAAUCCAUCGUUAUUUUCAUCGUAAGUGUUAAAGCUGUAUCGGAUGAAAUUUCAAAAAAUCUUACGAACCUUGGCAUUCGUUUUAUUGUGAAACAACUGGAUUUUAAUAAGUCUUUAAUUUCUAACACAAAGUCAUCUGUUGCAUUUCAAAUGAAAGACAGUGAAGUAGAAUUGAUUCGGACAUGCAUUUCGAAUAAUGCAGAUCUUUUAAUGGCGAAACAUAAGUAUUUGAGUAUUGUAGAAGGCUGCUGCCAUAAACGUGAGUGCGGCGUCGCUAUUGAUUCAAGCGCAUGCAAAUAUGAACCAAGACUGGCUCUUUAUGUACUUGCAAAGGGAUAUAUACCAAUUGAUGAAGAUCCUUUUGAAAGAUCAUAUGAUGGUAUACAAGUUGAAGUUAGAGAAGGGGUUUUCGUCCCAUUUGUAAAGACAUCCAAUGAGUAUCAUGAUCAUGUACGUAUGGGGUGUGCGAUUCAUCGACAUUUGAAAGGUACUCUUGGUUUGUUUAUUGAGCACAAUAUAUACGGUCUUUGCGGCUUGACGUGUGCUCAUGCUAUGCUGUCAAAGGAAGAACAUGAAAGAUGUAAGCAAACCAAUGGACGCAUUUACUCUGAGUUAUUGUUAAAUGAUUGUGAAGUUUACCAACCAGAACAUCCGCACGGACUGGGAAGCCUUGUGGAGGCAAUAUACAAAGAAGGCAACGAUUUUCAAACAGGAAUUGACAUCGCCCUUGUGAAAAUUAAACAACGUCAUCCAAUCGAUGGCAAAUUUCCAGGCAGUAAAGACGGAAUCAACAGCGAAUCCACAGAGAUCAAUUUUGAAUUUGCAUCAGGAAAAGCACUUACACCAAGUUUAAACAAUGGUCGCUGUUGCAAAAUUGGGCAAAUGUCGGGUUAUACGGAAGGCACAUUGAUCAACAAGGAACAAAACAGUGUCGCUAGAGACGUCCUAGAGGUUCUCGGAUAUAAAUUUGUUAUAUACAAUCAAUUAAACGUGAAGUCAUCCACACAAUUAUUUGCAAAACCGGGUGAUUCGGGUUCACCCGUGUUCGUCAAAGACGGUGAUGGCGAACCGGCAUGUAUAGGAAUUGUCGUUGGAGGAAGAACAUGCGAUGGCGUUGUUUAUGUAACGCCUAUUAAUACAAUUUUACAGGAAUUGGGCAUUUCACAACUGAAAUCUUUCGUUGCUAAUCGUUUCGAAAGAUUGGAAGCAAAAGUUAAUUCAAUUGAUCAAAAACUCGAUUUUUUAAUAACGAAACUGACAUCAAGCACAGGAACACAGUAAGCUACCGGUAUGUUAAAUGCAUGUUUAAUGUUGUAUGUAUACUUACAUUGUAUGUUUUUAUUUGUACGGUAUAUAUCAUUCUUUCGGGCUCUAAUUAAGUUUUCCCAUGGAUGUAACGUUGUUAUCAAUAUUGACCAAAAACGUCGAUGUUAUUGUUUUGGAUAGUUACCGGUAAGUAUAAUUUACAAACAUACACAAUGGACAAUUACAUUUCUAACCAAACUUAAUCACGUUUUGUAUAUCGGGAUUUCAAAAUCCUUAUUGAGUCAGUAAUCAUUUAUGUUGUGAUUAAAAAAUAAAUUUGA